CAGCAAGGUGGCGGCUGGGAUUGGUCCGAGCUGAUUGGUGUGCACCGGCGUGUGCGCAGAGGGCGGUGCCGUGAGUCGGACCGCGUGAGUGGAGAGAGCGAGCGGACGGGCAGGGAGUCGGCGCGAAGGCGGCGGGCGAUUUCAUCAUGAGCAGCAACGAGUGCUUUAAAUGUGGACGAAUUGGGCAUUGGGCUCGCGAGUGUCCAAGUAGUGCAGGUGUGCGUGGUCGACCUCGUGGCCGGGGAAGAGGAAGCUUCACUGCUGCAAGAGAUAUCUGCUACCGUUGUGGUGAAUCGGGCCACCUUGCAAAGGAUUGUGAACUCCAGGAAGAUGCCUGCUACAACUGUGGUAAGGGUGGCCAUAUUGCCAAAGACUGCAAGGAGCCAAAGAAGGAGAGAGAACAAUGCUGCUACAACUGUGGCAGACCUGGACAUCUGGCCCGUGAUUGUGAUCAUGCUGAUGAGCAGAAAUGUUAUUCAUGUGGAGAAUUUGGGCAUAUUCAGAAGGACUGCACUAAAGUCAAGUGCUAUAGGUAUGGAGCAGAGGACCCGCCUUUUUUGUGAAUGUGCUUUAUAUUCAAUUGUUAAUUUCUGUUUAGUCAUAGAUGACCUAUUCUGAAAAUUAGCAAUAUUUGAUCCAAUGUUGAAAGAUUUUUUUUUUGCAAAGUAACACGUGAAACACGCUCAUGGCACUGCAUUUAAUCAUUGAGUACUGUUUAUGCUUUUUUUCAUUUAACCCAUAUCACAAUGCAACUGUUUAUUUUCUGUCCUCGUGGCUGACUACAUGAACAUUUUUGCAAUGUAAAUGUAGUAAAGUGUUCCGAAGAGUAAUCAAGGGUUGUAACCAAUUGCAUGUUUAGUCAGCCCUGAUUCUAGAAUAGCAUCUGGGCAUGUCAGCAAUUCAAAUGCACUGGGUAACAUUUUUGUAAUAUGGGCAAAACAGGACUUGGGGUGGGACCAGGGUUAGUUUGUCUCCUGCCUCUAAUAUCAAUAUGGACACUCCUACUAGGCUAAAAUCUCUUGUGUGCCUUUCUGUGUUUAGCACAUUUGGCUUUUCCAUUAUGUGUGCCUCAACAAUGGGGCUGAUCCAAAAAUCAAGGCAAUGCUGCUGAACUAACAUCUACACAAGUGCACUUAAGGUAAGGGGCUAUUAUUGGGAAGUAAUUGGAAUCAAGCGUGGUGGCCAGUGUCCAUCUCUGCUGUCCUCCACUAGAAAACCCUACCCCUUGACCUUGGAUUGCUGAGACUAGUGCAGUUGCUUACAAUGCUAUCCUAAUUGAAUGGACCAAAUAUUAUCAUGGGAACUUCCCAAUGUAGCUCAGCUACUUGUAACUUGCCAGCACAAAUUGACUACUUAAAAAAAUGUUAACAGGUGAGAAUAAAUUAUUAAAAACCAAGAACUUUUUGUUAGGUUUCCUGCUAGAACUUUGGUUCCAGCCUCAAAUAAUGUAGGAAAUUUAAACUGUUUAGUUGUUGGGUAUGCAGCAGCUUGCUCCGUUGCUCAAGCCAUCCGAUGAGUCAAAUAAAAUGACAAGUACUGCAUGCAUUUAUGUUUGAAAAUUAUUGGGUAUUAUUUGCAAUGCCAGUACAUGGCCACUUGUAAUGCAAUAAUGAAAAUGGAUAAGUAACUGAAAUAUCUGCUGAACUUUAAAUUUAAUCAUAUCAAAUAUUUGAAAUUUGUGAUUUAAUAACUAUUGUUAGCCUGUGAACUUUAAAUGUUGCAUUUUGUAUCGAGCUUGGAAAGAAAUGGAAAUAAUCAACCUGGCUCAGCUCUUGUCAUGAGAUACUCAGCUAAAUUUUAGGUGUUUCAUGUAACCAAUAUUAAAAAUCUUACAUCAACAAAA